AUGAUGUUACCGAGCCCCGUCACCUCCACCCCCUUCUCUGUCAAAGACAUCCUCAACCUGGAGCAGCAGCAGGACCCGCACUAUGGGGCCCAGCUCCCGCACCACCUGGAGCACCACUUCCACCCCGCCGCCUGCCUGCUGGCGGCGGCCGACGGCGCCCGCUUCUCCGACGGCGAGGAGGAAGAGGACGAGGAGAAGCUGUCCUACCUGAGUCCCAUGGCAGCGCCCGGCAGCCAGGCGGACGCGCGGAUCUCCGCCGACAACUAUGUGCACGCCGUGCUACGCGGCUCCUGCGAGGCCCCCGGCCCGGGAGAGGAGCUGGAACCCGCGGUCCGCGAUCCAAAGAUCUGCGUCCUGAAGAAGCCGCUGGAUGCCGCGGAGAAGGCGGAGGAGGUGGAGAGGCCAAAGCAGCGAAGCCGGAGGAAGCCGCGCGUUCUCUUCUCCCAGGCGCAAGUCUUCGAGCUGGAGCGGCGGUUCAAGCAGCAGCGUUACCUGUCGGCGCCCGAGCGGGAGCACCUGGCCAGCAGCCUCAAGCUCACGUCCACGCAGGUGAAGAUCUGGUUCCAGAACCGGCGCUACAAGUGCAAGCGGCAGCGGCAGGACAAGUCGCUGGAGCUGGGUGGCACCGCGGCCCCGCCGCCGCCGCGCAGGGUGGCCGUGCCCGUGCUGGUCCGCGACGGCAAGCCGUGCCUCGGCGGGUCGCAGGGCUACAGCUCAGCAUACAACGGGCCCUACUCCUACAACGGUUUCCCCGCUUACGGCUACGGUAACGCUGCCUCCUACAACCCCGGCUACGGCUGCACCUACCCGGCGGGCACCGGCGGCGCCUCCAUGCAAGCCGCCUGCAGCCCUGCGGCGGCCGCCGGUCCCUUCGUGAACGUGGGCGGCCUGGGUGGCUUCGGCGGCGGCCAGCCGCUGCACCAGGCGGCGGCGGGGCCCUCCUGCAGCCAAGGCGCACUGCAGGGCAUCCGGGCCUGGUAGCCUGCACGCACUGAGGGCCGGGAGCGGACCUGCAGGACGGCCCGGCAGCUCCGAGGCCCCGUUAUCACCCGCACUGCAGCCCGGCUGCGCGCUGCGCAACGCGCGCCCUGGACCGAAGGAGCGGCGGCAGCAGAGGGACGGCGCGGCGGGACCCCGGCGCUCCCGCGGGCCGCGGUGAGAGGCCGGCGGCGAGCGGGGCGGCGCAGCAGGACGGGGCCGCCCGAGCUCGCAGCAAAGCGCCGCCGCCCCGUGGAGCCGCCGCGACGGCCGAGCGGGCCGGAGCCGAUCGCACCGCGUCAGCGGAGCAGCUUUGCUUGUAAAAAGCCGACGGCGGGCUCCGGGGGUGCCGCGACCCCUCUAUCUACUCUGUAUCGGUUACUGCCAGCGCCAGCUCGCCGAGUCAGCCAAUAAACCAGGUGCAAUAUC